UGCUGUCAGGAGCGCACUAGAGGCCGGACCGUGGCGGGAUCCGACGUCUGGCUGUACCCGGCUGACUAAACCCAGCGCGGCAGCGGCGGCGAGGGUGGCGCGGCCCCGGCUCCCUGCCAGGUCGCAGAGACUAGCAGGGACUAGCGGGCAUCUGGCGGGGCAGGCACAAUGGGGAAUCGGGAGAUGGAGGAGCUCAUCCCUCUGGUGAACCGUCUGCAGGAUGCCUUCUCCGCCCUGGGACAGAGCUGCCUGCUGGAGCUGCCUCAGAUCGCCGUGGUGGGCGGCCAGAGCGCCGGCAAGAGCUCGGUGCUCGAGAACUUCGUGGGCAGGGACUUUCUCCCUCGAGGGUCAGGCAUUGUAACUAGAAGGCCUCUAGUGCUGCAGCUGAUUACUUCCAAAGCAGAAUAUGCUGAAUUUCUACACUGCAAAGGAAAAAAAUUUACAGAUUUUGAUGAAGUUCGCCAUGAGAUUGAAGCUGAAACAGAUCGAGUAACUGGAAUGAAUAAAGGCAUUUCCUCCAUACCCAUUAAUUUACGAGUCUAUUCCCCACAUGUGUUAAAUCUAACCCUGAUUGACCUACCCGGAAUUACUAAAGUGCCCGUGGGAGAUCAGCCUCCAGAUAUUGAGUACCAGAUCAGAGAAAUGAUUAUGCAGUUCAUCACACGGGAGAACUGUCUGAUUCUGGCUGUUACCCCAGCCAACACCGAUCUUGCAAACUCAGAUGCGUUGAAGCUAGCGAAAGAUGUUGAUCCUCAAGGUCUGAGAACUAUUGGAGUCAUCACCAAACUGGAUCUCAUGGAUGAAGGAACAGAUGCCAGGGAUGUUCUAGAGAAUAAGCUGCUGCCACUUCGCAGGGGUUACGUAGGGGUGGUAAACAGGAGCCAGAAGGACAUAGAUGGGAAGAAGGACAUAAAGGCUGCCAUGUUGGCAGAAAGGAAAUUUUUUCUCUCACACCCGGCUUACAGACAUAUUGCUGAUCGGAUGGGGACCCCACACCUUCAGAAGGUCCUUAAUCAGCAACUUACCAACCACAUUCGAGACACCCUGCCCAACUUCAGAAACAAACUACAGGGUCAGUUGCUGUCCAUAGAACAUGAAGUGGAAGCCUACAAAAACUUCAAGCCAGAGGACCCCACCCGGAAGACCAAAGCAUUGCUGCAGAUGGUUCAACAAUUUGCUGUGGAUUUUGAGAAGAGAAUUGAAGGGUCAGGGGAUCAAGUAGACACUCUGGAGCUCUCAGGGGGUGCUAAAAUCAAUCGUAUAUUCCAUGAACGCUUUCCUUUUGAGAUAGUAAAGAUGGAGUUCAAUGAGAAAGAAUUGCGAAGAGAAAUAAGCUAUGCAAUCAAAAACAUACAUGGUAUCAGGACAGGGUUGUUUACUCCAGAUAUGGCAUUUGAAGCAAUAGUCAAAAAACAAAUUGUAAAGCUGAAGGGGCCUUCCUUGAAGAGUGUAGAUCUGGUAAUACAAGAAUUAAUCAACACUGUCAAGAAGUGUACCAAAAAGCUGGCAAACUUCCCCAGACUCUGUGAGGAAACGGAAAGGAUUGUUGCUAACCACAUUCGUGAGCGAGAAGGGAAGACAAAGGACCAGGUGCUGCUGUUGAUCGACAUCCAAGUCUCCUACAUCAACACCAACCAUGAAGAUUUCAUUGGCUUUGCAAAUGCUCAGCAGAGAAGCAGUCAGGUUCACAAGAAAAACACAAUUGGAAAUCAGGGAACCAAUCUUCCGCCUUCAAGGCAAAUUGUGAUUCGCAAGGGAUGGCUAACCAUCAGCAACAUUGGCAUCAUGAAAGGAGGCUCUAAGGGAUACUGGUUUGUCCUUACUGCUGAGAGUUUGUCCUGGUACAAAGAUGAUGAGGAAAAAGAAAAGAAGUAUAUGCUUCCCUUGGACAACCUGAAAGUUCGGGAUGUGGAAAAAAGCUUUAUGUCUAGCAAGCACAUCUUUGCACUCUUUAAUACAGAACAAAGGAAUGUAUACAAAGACUACCGCUUCCUUGAGCUGGCAUGUGAUUCACAGGAGGAUGUAGACAGCUGGAAGGCAUCUUUACUGAGAGCUGGAGUUUAUCCUGAUAAAUCUUUAGGGAACAACAAAACUGAAAAUGAUGAGAAUGGCCAAGCAGAAAACUUUUCUAUGGACCCACAGUUGGAGAGACAAGUGGAGACCAUUCGCAACCUUGUAGACUCUUAUAUGUCUAUUAUCAACAAAUGUAUCCGAGACCUAAUCCCAAAAACAAUAAUGCACCUUAUGAUCAAUAAUGUUAAAGAUUUCAUAAACUCCGAGCUCCUAGCACAGUUAUAUUCUUCAGAGGACCAAAAUACCCUGAUGGAGGAAUCUGCAGAGCAGGCUCAGCGCCGGGACGAGAUGCUUCGAAUGUACCAGGCCCUUAAAGAAGCCCUCGUGGUCAUCGGCGACAUCAACACGGCCACGACGUUCACGCCCGCACCACCACCUGUGGAUGACUCCUGGAUCCAGCAUUCCCGCAGGUCCCCCCCUCCAAGCCCCACCACCCAGAGGAGGCCAACGCUGAGUGCACCUCUCCCGCGACCCACGUCUGGCCGGGGACCUGCACCCGCCAUCCCCUCCCCGGGACCCCACUCAGGGGCGCCGCCAGUGCCAUUCCGGCCAGGCCCAUUACCUCCUUUCCCCAACAGCACUGACUCAUUCGGGACACCUCCGCAGGUUCCAUCUCGGCCCACUAGGGCCCCUCCCAGCGUCCCGAGCCGGAGACCACCCCCAUCACCAACUCGUCCCACUAUAAUCCGUCCACUAGAAUCCUCCCUGUUAGACUAAACGAAGUGUCUGGCAUGGCAGUUAAUUACUAAUGAAUUUUACGAAAGCAAAAUAUUUGAUAACUGCUGCAGUUAAUCAUGAGUAGUCGCAUGUGUGGACAUCAGUAGGCAAGUAACCAGUUUGACUAAUGCAUUCACCACUCACCUUCAUUGCUCAUGGUGUGUCAAACUUUUGGGGUUUGACUGUUGAAAACUGCUGACUCUUUAAGGUUUUGUAUGUUGUAUCGACCAAAGUAGGCUGUAUAGCAGCCCUCUGCUUUGUGGACCAUUGGCCUACCCUGACGUAUAUUUGAAAUUGCUUUGACAGGUUUCCCACAUUACCUACCAGAGAGCCCAUUCAGUAUAAUUCUUAAGAGAUAAGAGAUGGUGGGCUUAGACCUAAACAAUAUAUACUUAUUUUCCUGCAUUCUGUUUUGACUGAUGGAAAUUAUAUUGUCUAUUAUAAAUGUUUCUGCCUACUCCAGGAUUACCUGUUUAGAACCUCUCUCCUUCCUCUUUAUUCCAUAAAACUGAUAGGGAAUAAUUUUUAAAAUUAAGAUUCCUUAAAAAUAAAACUUUUCCAGAAGGACAAAGUUGUUUGCAAAGGAAAAGUUAAUGCAUUGCUUGCUCUAGAAGGCUUCUCAUGCCAGUGUGUUUUUGCUUCAUGCUAGAAGCAUAUUCAACAGUGAAUCAAAGCUUGCUUUUUGGUAGUCAGUCAGUAAAUUUGGCUAGUUAGUUUCAGAGUUUAAAGAAGAAGCAAAAUAUCACAUCUCAAGAAGUAUCUGGACAAAUGUAAUUUCUUUAUUCACCUAUGUACUUACCUCCUCACAGAUUACAGUGAAGGCUAGCAUAGAAAAUAUUUAAUUUUUUAUAUUGAUCUGAUUUUAGGCAUGACUGACUACACUUUGACACUAAUUCCAUUCGAUUUAUUUAGUUAGAGCAAAACUAUAUCUCUCUUUCCAUGCUAAAUAUGUAAUUACCUAAUGCAAAAAUUUAGCCUACCUUUGAAACAGGUUAAUGUAACUUUUUAUCCAUUCUAGGUUUCCUUAAUAAAUCCUGAGCCUUAUUAUAGGAUAGCCAUAUUUUAAAAAUGGGACCUUGCAUGGAAAAAAAAGAUGCCCCGGUUUAAGAGCAGAGCUCAUUCUCCUGCAGUCAAACAACUUCAGGGUCUCUUUCCAGGUCCUUCCAGAAAAUAGUUAAGACAUCAAGAUUUAAAGCAAAUUGGCAAAUUCUAACAUUUCUAAAAUUUACAAGUACAGCUUAGCCUGGGGGUUAAUAGUUCAGUCUCGAGGCUGACUUUUGGACUACCUAGGAGUAGAUGAUUAGCACGUAGGAAACGGCCAGAAGCCAGCUGGAAUUUUGUCUGCUAACUGUCCCCAGACGGCAGACCAAAUAUUCACUGCCUAUUUGUGUCCCAUGACACCAUUUCAUGUUCUGCAGAAGUAAAUCAGGUUAGCCAACUGAAAUGUCUCCCUUUGAAAGCAGCAAACAUGAUUUGUACAUUACCUUAACUUUAAUUUCCUGUGUAGUUUAUACCCAAAGCAGACACCCGUAAAGUAUGAAGUAAAAACGCUUAACCGUUAUUAAAAAGAGAACUUGCCAAGUUGAAUGGUGUUGUUUUGAACUUAUUCUAAAGGGUUAAAACUAGGCCACUCAGGCAAAAACAGAGAAUACAAGAUUUACAAAAAGAGCCCUUCAACUUUUAAAUUACAAAUGAUUGUAUAAAGAACUCCACCCUAAAUCUUCUCAUAUCUUAUGUUUUCUCCUGGAAAAAAUUAACUCUUUGUGAAUGGAACAGAGGUGCAAGAUACAUACUGUAUUUUUAAAACAGCAUUGCAGCUGAGUGGAAAUAUGUUAAGGAAAAGGAAUAGUCUACAGUGAGAUCUUUUUAGAAAUUUUCCUCUUUUUAGGAUUCCCUUUGCUUCUUCCUUUGAAUUCUCUAAAAUAGGCAUCUAAUGGAUUAUAUACUUCAGGGUUUGGCUUUGUGCUGUAUGUGGUUUUGCGUUUUUCUGUAUUUCAAAAGUUUCCUUUGGUUAAAGGAAAAUAUUGUGGAUAACCACUGGUGUGUUCUUAGAUCAGCACAAAUCAUGUCAAAGAAAAUUGGAGAUUGGUUUUCCAAGUUCCUUUGCACUGGUUUGAUGCAGUCAUAAACAAUGGCAUUUGCCACCUUUGGCUUUUGCUCUAGGUUUAUAACUCCACAGUUUCCCUGUCUCAGUUGUCUCAUCUUGUGUGUACAUUUUUAUUUCAUUUUACUUAUAAGCUAUUUCUAAUAGAACCCAGCCUCUCUCCUGGAAUCUCAGCAUCAUGUUGGAAAAUAUUUUCACUUUACUGCAGUGUGUCAUGUGAUCAGUAUUAAUCCCAUUUCCCAAAGGGUUUGCAUCCUGCUAAAAGGAGAUGUCAAUGUAAGUGAAGUCACAAGCUCUAGGAUGUGCAGUUUGGAGGACAGCGUUCAUAUCAGGCCUUUAGAUGGGAAUGUCACUUACUGAGCUUUCUAAGUAUUCCCCAUACACUUCAGGUCUUUCGUGUAACUGCCCCCUGAUUCCUCCAAUGUUGCCUGAACAACAGAUGUAGCUCCAUCAUGUCUAGUAUAAUAAAACAUACAGUGAUUUUAGGAUUUUGAAAAAUAAACUGUGUGUUUAUUUGAUGGGUAAAUCUAUCUUAUUGUCACAUGCUAAAUCUUGCAUGCUUAUUGACUAAUUGGACCUGCUAUCAACUCAGUUGUGGACAGAUGAUUGAAAUAGUAUUGAUUUAGAACAGAUAUAUUACAUUUUCAGAUGUCAUCUACCAAAAUGAUUCCUCUGAAUAUUGCUUCAAGCUGUAGUCUGUAACAUAGAAGAGCAGUAGGGUCUGUUUAAUUAGCAAAUUGCCUACUUGUUCAGAUAAUAACACUAUUCCAAAAUGUGAUAAUAAAACCAAGUUCCUGUGAUAUAACUAUAAGCCUUCUGACCUUAGAAUUAAAGAGUAGUCAUAUAUAUUCAUUUUAUGACUUUUUAGUGUAGACUGUAGCCAUAAUUCUUAAGUAUGAAAUGGGACCUAAUACCAGUAUGUGACAAAUGUUGCUGUUUUCUGUGUACACACAUACUUUCUAUGCAUGUGUCUCUAUACAGACUAUGUGUAUAGUAUAUACAUAGUAAAUUUGUGUAAGUACAUGUAUUUUGUGCCCUUUUGGGCAAGUAGGUUUAAAAUUACUUGUUAAAAUGCCAUGAGCAUGAAUGUGAUUGUAUGUGUAUCAUGUAUAUAUGUAUAUGUAUGAGUGUAAAUAUGUAUACAUGUGCUUUGUAUGUGUGAGUAUGAAUUAUUUUUUAAAUUAUGCUACUACAAGAGUUAGCCUUAGAGUAUCUGCCAUAAUAUGUGAUAACAGUGGUUCAUUUUCCAAACAUACAUGAGGUGUACAAAAUUUUUUUGUAUUGUAUUCAUUCUGAGAGGCACAGGCUCAGAAUUUCCAUGACAACAUGGUAGAAUAACAUCUGCAG